AGGUUACUGUGUACACAGCUGAUAAAACAACAGGUUUUAUUUACACACAUCUUCAAUUCUUGUCUUAUCAUUCUACACAAGAAUGAUGUUCAGUUCGAUACAGAGAAUAACCUUGAGACAGCUCUCAACAGGAUCCCAGAUACAGGAGGUCGUCAUCAUUGGAGGAGGUCUCAUGGGAGCAGGGAUAGCUCAGGUGUCUGCUCAGACGAACCACAAGGUCACCCUGGUAGACCUGAGUGAGAAGGUGUUGACCAGCUCUGAGAAAAGAAUUAGAACCAGUGUCUCCAGGGUUGCCAAGAAGCUGUUCAAGGAUGAUAACAAGGCUAGCGAGGCUUUUAUCGAGGAUACAAUGGGUCGGUUGAGCCUAGUGAGUGAUGGAGGUGAGGCUCUAGCCUCAGCUGAUCUCGUCGUAGAGGCCAUCACGGAGAAUCUGCCUCUCAAACAGAGACUGUUCCGGGAGUGGGACGAGGUUUGCCCGGAGAAAACUAUCCUGGCUUCAAAUACGUCCACCCUCAGAAUAUCUGAUAUAAUGAAGAACGUGAAGAGACAGGAUAGAGUUGGAGGAUUACAUUUCUUCAAUCCUGUUCCAGUCAUGAAGCUACUCGAGGUUAUAAGAACAGAUUCCACUUCAGAUCAAACCUUUAAUGCUAUGUCUGCCUGGGGUAGAGCUAUAGGUAAACACACUGUAGCCUGCAAGGAUACAAUAGGGUUCAUUGUAAACAGACUUCUUGGACCUUAUAUUCAGGAAGCUCUGGCUAUGGUUGAAAGAGGAGAUGCAACCUUCCAAGAUGUUGAUGCAGCCAUGAAACUUGGAGCUGGAUAUCCAAUGGGACCAUUUGAGCUAUUAGACUAUACUGGACUAGACCUGCAUAAGUUCAUCAAUGAGAACCCGGAUCACCCCUUCAGGCAGGAGAGCAAGCUUAUCAACAGUAUGGUGGAGCAGGGGAAACUAGGGGUCAAGUCCGGGGAGGGGUUCUACAAGUACAAGUAGAACCAAAGGGAAAUAACCAAUUUUGAUUUUGUAAAUUUUUAUUAAAUUAAUAUUGUUUUACUGUUUAUCCGAUUAAAUAAGUGCAGUUUUUA